AUGGUGGCUACUCCAGCCUUAGCACAUCUACUGCAGGCGGAGGGUUACACUGACAGAGCUGAGCUCGUGCAUCGCUGCAGUGAGCGCACGGCGGCUCGCGGCUCGGGAACGGAGCAGCUCGGGGCUGCUCGCCGACCCUACUCGGACAUAAUUUUAAACCCCCUGACCGGCCGGAGACGGGGAGUGGGAUAUACUAUGUCCAGGCGAAAACAGACCAAUCCCUUCAAAGUUAACUGGCCAUUCCACACUUCAGGAUUAACAGGACUUCAGCACACUAUUAACAUGGACGGCAGGGACGAGUUCAUCGAGGACAGUGAAUGCUGUAGCAACAACUCCCAGGAGGUCCAUGGGCAGGAUAGCUUCUCAGGUACAGGAUGGAGGGAUGGGGCAGAGGAGCACAGGAUGGACUCUGUGGGAACAUCCUCAGACGGAAAGGGGUGUUGGGCUGUGUUUGCCUCCAUAGAAGAAAGCGAUAGCGACCCCGACAACCACGGUGAAGACUCGUCCUCCAAUGCCUCUCUGGACGACCACAUGACCACCAAGAGAACGCAGUGCCGCCUUCAAGGAGCGGGGGUCAAAGAGGAGAGCGAGGAGGGCGCAGACCACAGCAGCAGCUUUGUUUGUCCUCUGUGCACGCUGGAUUUCAGCAGCCCUGAGAAGCUCAUCUCGCAUGUCUACCAGCACACGACCAUGAUGAGCAACACCAAGAGCUACGUGUGCCCAGUGUGUGGGCGAGCCCUCAGCUCUCCCGGCUCACUUGGACGGCAUCUUCUCAUCCACUCGGAGGACCGCCUCUCCAACUGCGCCGUCUGCGGCGCACGCUUCACAGACACCAACAACUUCAACAGGGAGAAGCUCAAAGAUGUCCUGGACACAACCAGGAUGGAUGUGAGCGGUGGAAGGGACGCCUGUUCCAUGUCCCACUCCCUGUCCAGCAGCCCCAUGAGCAGCCCGGGCUCCUGCCAGGGGCCGGGCCCCAGCCCCAGCUCCUGUCAGGGUCCACGACUAUGUCAGGCUUCCGAGCCCAGUCCCAACCUCUGUCAAGCCACUCGCACCUGCCAGGGCUCCGGCCACAUGUCCAGCCCGUGUCAAGGCCCCGCACAGUGUCACGGUUCAGGUCCUGGACCUGGACCCUGCUCAGGACCGGGGCCAUGCGCGGGGUCCGACCAGGGGCCCUCCUUCGCCUCUCUCCCCGACGGCCUCCUGUCCGAAGGGCCGUCGCUCGCCUCCAUCCCGGACGCUCUCAACUCCUCCUCCUCAGGCCUUCCUCCCAUCCCCGACAUCCUGAGCCCCAUGCCCGUGUAUCCCGCCGGCGUGCUGCUGGUGUGCAACAGCUGCGUGGCCUACCAGCAGCUCAUGGAGGCCCAGUCGCCCAUGAGGAAGUGGGCCCUGCGGCGGAAGAACGAGCCCCUGGAGGCGCGGCUGCAGCGGCUGGAGCGCGAGCGCACGGCCAAGAAGAACAAGCGGGCGUGCGAGUCGGAGGAGGAGCGGGAGCUGCGGAGGCUGCGGGACCGCCAGGCCAAGCGCAUGCAGCGCAUGCAGGAGACGGAGGAGCAGCGGGCGCGCAGGCUGCAGAGAGACCGCGAGGCCAUGCGCCUCAAGAGGGCCAACGAGACCCCCGAGAAGAGGCAGGCCCGGCUGGUGCGGGAGAGGGAGGCCAAGAGGAUCAAGCGGCGGCUGGAGAAGAUCGACCCGGCCCUGAGGACGCAGAUAGAGCACGACCCGGCCGCCAUGGCGGCCCUCACAGCGGACAUGAGCCUCUUCCAGUUCCCCUGCCCCAUGCCCGUCCCUUCCAUUGAUAACGGCCUCUUCAUGAAGCUCCCCUAACUGUGCCAGGCCAACGAUGGUGGGGGCUCAGUGUCUUCUGGCUGCAUCCCUAUCCCGUGCGCUGUGCCACCAGGGUACCAUGGUGACAGCGGAUCAGCCUCCGGUGUGUUGGACAGCUUCACACAGACCACUUUGUUAAAUACGAAAAGAAACUUGUACAAUUUCUAAUUUAUUACAGUCUAUAAAACCUUGGGCACAGGGUUUCGAAUGUUUCAUACUGUAUGGAUGACGACAACCAAGCAUGUUGUAAAGAGAUUUAUCUGUUUGUCAGUGGACUUGCAGAUCUUACACAGUUCUUGUUAGUUGAAGCAGUUAUUCUUCCCUGGAGGGGGAAAAAAAAACAAAACAACCUUUUGCACAUGCACCCUCAGCGAGGGGAGUGGGGACUCAGUAGCCACAGCCUCCUCCUUUUCGGGUCCACGCCGCCAGCCCAGUGACUCUGACCCACGGGCAGCUACACCUCUCUCUUCAAGCUGCCGUGGCCGUGACUUCAUCAAACUACUACCUCAGCCGGCGCCGUGGCGGCGCUCUCUGUCCUGUGGCUCGCAGCCUCCCAUCUCCAAGCUUCCAAAGCUCUACAUUCACCGGACACUACAACAAGAGGAUGCAGGUUUUUUACCCAUUCAGGCACUUUAAUAGGACGCCUACAUUCACACGUACAGCAGGCAGGGGUUGGCUCUGCGUUCAGAGCAGGCGAAUCGGAAUGUCUGUCCUAUUGAACAUGCCCAGUGUUGAGUAACAUUCCUCUCAUCUCCUGAGUUGGGAGCCUUCAUGCAUCCACCUCUUUACAUUCUCGUUUGCCAAGAUUUGACUCCUAGAGAAAUCUGUUGCCAAUGCCUCAUUUUUUUUUUUGUUACAACUUUUUGUUACAGAGCGUGUUAUUAGCUCAUAAAAGUCUGUGCUGCUGUUAUUGUACUGUACUAUACAUUAGUUACCUCUCAUAUAUAUAUAUAUUUAUAUAUAUAUUCUGGGCUCAUCAUCUAUGUGUAUGUGCUAAAUUUUUUCCUAAGUGGUUACCAUGGGAAAAAGUACCUACCGUGUUACCUAUUGACCUCAGAAUUUGUGACAUUACUUGAAUUCUGCCUGCAAAGUUGCUUCUGUUUUCUGACUAAUGAGGAAACAGCAACAUGAGAGUUUGCCAGUAUUGUAUAGAGAAUCCCUCACAGAUAACAUAACCUCUGCUUUGUGCAAUUCCUGUAGCUUCCUCAUGCUUUGUAAGGCUGCAGUACCUUCAGAAAAGGUCAACAAGAAUCACUUAAAUUAUUUUUCUACCCGUAAUUAGGGAGAAGCAUUUAUCAAGUAGCAUUAUAGUUGGAGGCGACUCAAAAAACAAGCCAAGUAAAGGGUUUGUUCCACUUAUUCCUUACUGAGCACUGGGGCUAAAUUCUGUCUGGGAGAUGUUGUUCAUCAUGUUUCAUUAACCCCAUUCCAGCACAUAUUUAUGCAAUAUAAUUUUCUUGCGAAAGCAGUUGGGGGCGGGGGGCAUUUGAGCUGGUUUAACAUUGUUCUAGCACAGAUGCCAAGUCUGGAUAUCCUUUGUUUUUUUUUCCUGCCUGGAAGGUUACCUCCACUUUUUUCUUGGCUCCUUCUCUCCAGGUGCAAAACCUUCCAGCAUCAAAUGAGAAGUUCCACAAACAUUCUCCAGUUUGUUUGAAUUCCUUCCGGUCGGCCCACCGGGCUCUUUGCAGACUGCAGUUUUAACAAAUAGAGAGAGAGAGGAAAAAAAACGUGGGGAUUUUCGGUCUCAUUCUCAGAGAAUUUGCAAGGAGAGUGCAUCAUACUUCUAUGCAGCAAAUGUGACGUUCACCGAGGAGAUUGAUUUCACUUUUCACUGAAACUAUGCAGAAUGCGGCUUUAAAGGAUUUUUUUGGGGUUUAAACGCACUGCAAAAUGAAAACAUUCCGCUUCUCAGGCUAUCUAACUCAGUGAGAGGGCUCAGAGCAUUAAUCCAGCACCAUAUGAUCCAUUUCUCCACCUGUCGUGUCACGUUACGGGAGCAGCAAUUGGGAAUCCUGUGACUUUUCUAGAGAAGCUUUGUUGUAUAAGAUAAAAUGUGCUCUCUCUUUCAAGCUCAGCCCGUAAACGCAACAGGGUCUCACUGCCAUUCUAUUCACUCUACCAAGGGCAGAUCAUCGUUCACCACCCAGGCUUCAGGUGUCAUUUGUUCCUCUUUCCGACUAUGAAUACUGGGUAUUCUCAAAGGUGGCUCCUUUAAAUUGCUGCGAUCCUUUUUGGUCCUGCAGUGGUCAGAAAGCUUCUUGCAGCUGGAGUAGGGCGGAGUCCGAAGUGUAGUCUGGAUUAGCUGAACACUGCAUGUUGUGAUGCUGCACUCGUCCCAGAAUGGUUUAGUUUGAGCUCGUGUUAUACUGUUAGUUUAUGCCUGCUUGUUUUUUACAGUAAUCAAAAUUGUUUUUUAAAAAAAGAAAAGAAAAAGUUGGCCUUUCACUAUUAAUUGUAUCAGGAUUUUCCCUCAAUGUCCAUGUUUACAGAAUAUUUAUUUCCAAACAAGGCCAAAUGAAUGAGCAGAACUGCUACCAACAACAUGCUAGUUGUAAUAUCAAUGCAUUCUAACUGGGUGGCACUUUCAGGACCCCAUCCUCUUACUGAAUUAACAAAUGUACAGACGACAAAACCUGGUGAAGAAUGUGGAAAUAAACAUUGAAUUU